GAGCCGCGUUUGUUUGUGCGACUGCCUCCUUUGACGAGGAUUCUUCUUUUUAUAUUUCCCCUCCUGUUCCUCUGAUUCAAAAAGAUAGCCAACUUUACGACAUCCACGACAUCGUGCGUUAACACUUACACGACCUCCACGACAUUUACGACCUCUACGAACCCUCCUCCGCAUUCCCAACCGAACAGCAGAACCAGACCAAACCAUCAAAAUGGUCGAUACACAUUCCCUCCAAGCUUCCAAGCUCUUCAACGUCGAUGGCUGGGCCUGCCUCGUCACCGGCGGCGGCACCGGCAUUGGCUUGAUGUGCACCCAAGCCCUCGCCGCCAACGGCGCUCGUGUGUACAUCACCGGUCGGCGGUUCGAGGUUCUUGAGAAUGCGGCUAAGGAACAUAGCCCCAAGGAAGGCAACGGGAAGAUUAUUCCAAUCGGCCCCUGCGACGUCACAGACAAAGACUCCCUCCAAUCCCUCGUCGACAAGCUCUCCUCGCUCGAAAAGCAUCUCAACCUCCUAGUCUGCUGCGCCGGCAUCUCGGGCCCCAAAGCCGACCCCGGCGUCUCCUCCUCCGCCAAGGACAUCGCCCAAGAACUUUGGUCCAAAGAGUCCUUCUCCGACUGGUCCUCCGUCUUCACCACCAACGUUUCCUCGGUCUACUUCACCACCGUCGCCUUCCUGCCUUUGCUCCAAGCCUGCAGCAAAUCCCACCCCCAGGGGCACAGCCACAUGUCGGGCAACGUGAUCGUCAUCAGUUCCAUGUCAGGCAUCAUGCGCAACGCGCAGAAACACUUCAGUUAUAAUGCGUCCAAGGGCGCGACGGUGCAUUUGACCAAGUUGAUGUCAACCGAGUUUGAGAAGACGGGUGUGAGGGUGAAUUCCAUUGCUCCCGGGUAUUUUCCGUCAGAGAUGACGACGGGGGAGAGCGAUGAGAAGAAUAAGAGCGAGUUGUCAGACGAGAAGGUCAAGGGACAUGGACACAAGGUGCCGGCGGAGAGGGCGGGUCAUGAUGAGGAGAUGGCGAUGGCGGUUCUGUUUUUGGCGAGGGAUCGGUAUGUCAACGGGAGUGUUAUUUGUGUGGAUGGAGGGGUUUUGGGGGUUGUGCCUGGUAACUGAGGUAAUCCCGUUGGGAAAACGGUUAGGGAAGGCUGGAGGAAGAAGUGAGGCCAGAUGCCAGACGGAUGCAGAGGAUGUUAAGUCUAGCCGGUUUGGCUUUGGAA